GCGGUGCCCCGGAGGUGCGGGGGGCAGGAGGAGCAGAGGGAGCUGGGGAAGAGCCUGUGCAGGGUCGCGGUGCAGCCCUCCUGCGCCGGCCGCUCGGCCUGGCUGUGACCUGCCGCAUGGCUCCGUGUGUGUCACACCAGUUGCACCCACUUGCCCCGACACAACAUAAGCCGAGGAGGACCUUGCCGAGCAGCAUCGGGUGCUUCUGGGACUUCUGCUGCCAGAGCUCUUUGAAGACUGACUUUGUUGCUUGCCUUCAAGGAAGAUGGUGUGGUUAAUGAAUUCUGAGCAUCCUGCAGGAGCCUGCUGACCCUUCUAGCACUGGUGAAUGAUGCCGUGGACAACUUCAAAGGAGCACCACAGGCAGUUUGUGCGCCCUAGGGAGGCCUCCUGACCUCGUGUCUCUUCCCGAGCCACAGAUGCCCCCAGUGUUUCCCAUGUUGACAGCCCUGAGCAUGUUUUACUACAUGUGCCUUCGGCGCCGAGCCAGGACAGCGAGCAGGGGGGAGAUGAGCAGCCGCAGGGCCAUGGAGGCCAGCACCAGGGCGCUGCCCCUCAACGUGGAGAUCGUCCAGUACGCCAAGGAGGUGCUGGACUUCAGCUCGCACUACGGCAGUGAGAACAGCAUGUCCUACACCAUGUGGAACUUGGCAGGCAUCCCAAACGUCUACCCCAGCUCCGGGGACUUCACCCAGACCGCCGUGUUCCGCACCUACGGCACCUGGUGGGACCGCUGCCCCAGCGCGCGCCUGCCCUUCCAGCGGACGCCUGCCUCCUUCUGCAGCCAGGACUACGUGGAGCUGGCCUUUGAGGAGCCAGUGUAUCCCACUGCGGUGCACGUCCUGGAGACCUACCACCCUGGAGCCAUAGUGCGGAUCCUGGCCUGCUCUGCCAAUCCCUACUCACAGAACCCCCCAGCUGAAGUCAGAUGGGAGAUCCUUUGGUCAGAGGCACCCAGCAAGGUGAGCAGCCCUCAGGCUCGGCAGUUCACCCCUUGUAUCAAACAGAUCAACUUCCCCACCAACCUGAUCAGGCUGGAGGUGAACAGCUCUCUGCUGGACUACUACACUGAGCUGGACGCGGUCAUCCUGCACGGGGUGAAGGAGAGACCUGUGCUUUCACUGAAGGCUUCCCUGAUUGAUAUGAAUGACAUAGAUGAAGAUGAGGAUGAGGAGAAGUAUGACUGUGAGGUGGACACCCUCAGCAAGCAGUUCAGUAUCGUUACCCUCAGGGAAUGGCCAACGAAUGGGUACUUCGACAAGCUGCCUUACGAGCUGAUCCAGUUGAUUCUGAGUCACCUCUCAGUGCCAGACCUGUGUAGACUAGCACAAACCUGUAAGCUGCUGUAUCAGCACUGCUGUGAUCCUCUGCAAUACAUUCACCUCAGUUUGCAACCCUACUGGGCAAGGAUUAAUGACACAUCUCUGGAGCAUCUACAGUCUCGCUGCACUCUCCUCCAGUGGCUGAACUUGUCCUGGACUGGGAACAGGGGAGCCAUCUCUGUUUCUGGAUUUAGCAGGUUCUUGAAAGUCUGUGGCUCUGAGCUCGUACGGCUUGAGUUGUCCUGUGGCCAUUUCCUCAACGAAACCUGCCUGGAGGUGAUUACUGAGAUGUGCCCAAACCUGCAGGAGUUAAACCUGUCCUCGUGUGACAAAAUCCCACCGCAGGCUUUCAGCCACAUCGCCAAAGUGGGCAGCCUCAGGCGCCUCGUCCUGUACCGCACCAAGGUGGAGCAAACAGCUCUGCUCAGUAUCCUCAACUUCUGCUCCGAGCUGCAGCACCUCAGCCUGGGCAGCUGUGUCAUGAUUGAAGACUAUGAUCUUGUAGCAAGCAUGAUGGGAGCAAAGUGCAAAAAGCUCCGCAGCCUGGAUCUGUGGAGAUGCAAAAACAUUACUGAAAGUGGGAUAGCAGAGCUGGCUUCAGGCUGCCAGCUGCUGGAGGAGCUGGACCUUGGCUGGUGCCCCACGCUGCAGAGCAGCACAGGCUGCUUCACCAACCUUGCACGGAAGCUCCCCAACCUGCAGAAGCUCUUCCUGACAGCCAACAGGUCCGUGUGUGACACAGACAUCGAGGAGCUGGCUGCCAACUGCACCCACCUGCGCCAGCUGGACAUCCUGGGGACGCGCAUGGUGGGCCCUGCCUCGCUGAGGAAGCUGCUGGAGUCCUGCAAAGACCUUUCUCUGCUUGAUGUGUCCUUCUGCUCACAGAUUGAUAACAGAGUUGUCCUGGAGCUCAAUGCCAACUUCCCCAACGUCUUCAUCAAGAAGAGCUUCACCCAGUGACUCCCCACCUGCUGCUCUGGGAGUCCUUUGCCAGGGCUGUGGCUGUGAGCUUGUGCUGGCGGGCUUGGGGGUUUUGAAGAAGAAUGUCUUUAAAAGAAUCUUCUUGAGAGCAGGAGAUCAGUGCUCUCUGAAACGGUGGAGAGAGGAAUUCCUACACAGAUGAGUCAGUAGGUUGGGCACUUGGGAGUGCUGCUGUCGUGCCUUGCAGUUGCUCUGCCCUGUGCUCGCCGCUGGCAGUGCUGUUUGCAGGCAGCAGCCUGGUGUGUGGCUGCAGUGAGGAGAAGGGGAGGGACCUCCUGGCAGUGAGGGUGGGGAGACUGGAACAGGUUACCCAGGGAGGCUGUGGCUGCUCCCUCCCUGGAGGUGUUCAAGGCCAGGCUGGACGAGGCCUUGAGCUACCUGGGCUGGUGGGAGGUGUCCCUGCCCAUGGUGGGGGUCUGGAGCUGGAAAAAAAGCAGCGUGGGCAGCAGGUCAAAGGAGGACAUUCUGCCCCUCUGCUCUGCUCUGGUGAGACCUCACCUGGAGUGCUGUGUCCAGCUCCAGGGCCCCCAGACUGUUUCUCAUCUCUUUGGCAGUGAAUUGUUCCUGACCCAUUUUGCUCCCUUCCUGCACCUGAGGUAGCUGUGGUGAUGCUUUACAGGCCAGCCUAAGCCACACAGCAGAGCAAUGCAAGAACCUGAGCUGAGCAGGAACAAAAGAGACAAUUGCCAGCUGCUGCUUGGUCUUGGAGGAGAAGCUCGAGCCAGGUACUUGCAAGGACAAAGGGUACAAGCUGGAACCAGGAGGUUCCACCUCAGCAUGAGAAGAAGCUUCUUCAGUGUGAGGGUGCUGGAGCCCUGGAGCAGGCUGCCCAGAGAGGCUGUGGAAUCUCCUCCUCUGGGGGCUUUCAAGCCCCACCUGGGUGUGUUCCUGUGUGCCAGUGCUGUGGCAGGGGAGGUGGACUGGAUGAUGUCCAGAGGUCCCUUCCAACCCCUGCCACUCUGUGACACUUGGUGUCAGAACUGGUCAUGUGUAGACAACUCCAGGGCAAGUGUUUCCAAGGUCCUCUGGUGGCCAGGACUUGUUCUGCCCUCUGUCUUGUUACCAUCCAGAGUACUGAGGGACAGGAGUUAGGGGAGUGUGCCUGCUGUCCCCUGCACGGGCAUCAGGUCCACUGCCAGGUGCCAGCCCAACCCUCUGUACCCAGCAGGAGAGCAGUGGCAGUGCAGUGGCUUUGGAACAAGGGCAGUGUGAUCUGGGGGGCCUUAGGGAUGGGUUUGCAGGACUAUGUGCUCACAGAAGCAGUGGGGCUUGGACUUGGUGGUCUCAGAGGGCUGUUGCUGGACAAGUUGUGGAUGUUUCUUCUUUUGGCACUCCCUUGGGUGGAGGUUCUCUCUUCUUGCUUCCAGCUGGUGUCAAGGAGGUCUAAACUGGCAUUUUGUUCAUCCUGAAGGAUUUCUUCCCUUUCCUUUGUGUUGUGCUUUUAUGUGUGAAGUUGAGUUUUGCCAGGAGGUCUCUGUUGUCACUGGAAAGAUAAAUGGGAGCCUGUUUUUUAUUUGGACUGCUUCAAACUUAGCCACUGCUGAGACAAUGAAUUCAAAUCAUGGGGAAAGGUUUGCAUCUCUGGCUGCAGGCUCUGCCUUCAGCUGGGGAGCCAGAGGCACCUUUAGCUGUGGCUUUGUACAUCCAAGAAGUCUUCCAGCACAGAGAGAGCAGUGCAGGUGCAAUGUUUCCAGGAUGAAGGAAACAAAAUGCUUUUGGAUCUUCCUUAUACCUCACAAAGAAGUAAGGCUAGAUCCCUGCUCAGCUCUGCUGUUUGGUGCUUGUGUGUCUGUGCACUUCCACCCCUGUCUGUCUGCAGUCUGGGUGCAGAUCCAUGCACAGGUGAGGUCUCUGAUCUGUGCAUCAACACCUGGACAAAUCUCAGAGGUUCUUCAUCUGGGAAGUGGCUGGAAUAGCAAAAGGUGUUUCACAUCAGGCCUGCUGCCAGCUGUUGCUUUGCCUGCAGGCUGAGCCCCUCUCCAUCCAUGCAGCAGGAGCAAGCUGGACAGGAGGGUGUGGUGGACCCCUCUGUUGUUUUGCACAAGUGCCUUUGGUUUGUCUGCACAGGGAGAGGUGUCCCAGGGAGCUCAGAGGGAGUGCAGAGGCUGCUCACUGCUGGGGACUGUCUCCUAGGGAGGCAGCCACAGAGGAAACCUGGUUUCAGUUCCUCCCGACUGAACUGUGGCAGUUCCUCAGCUGGAGGAAUUUCACUGCUCUGGAGCCAGGUCUUCCUCUCCAGCACUGGAGAUCCCUCAGUCGUGUUCUCCACAGUCUGCUUGUAAGGAUGUUCCAUUCUUGUGCCCUGCCCUUUGGCCUUGUGCAGCACUGCAGGAGAUGUGCUUUGGCAGCAGCUGCCACAGCACUGCCUGCGCCAACAGCAGCAGAGGCUUGCUCUGAAGGGGCUGCUCUGCUGGCUGGGAGGAAUUGAUGUGGCAUGGAGGCAAAGAUCUCACUGGGCAACUGAUGUGCUGAUUUGAGCACUUAAAGCAAUUUCCCCAGCUCCUGAAGACUGCAGCUCCAGAGUGUUCCCACUUGUAUGCCUAAUCCUGAGCUGCCUGCCCAGGUAGCUCUGUGGAGGUGAGUGAGGCUUCAGUUGGCUGUGGACAUGGUGAAGUCCAGCAGGACUCGUGUGGAAGAGCAGCUUUCCUAGGAGUUGGACUUGUGAUCCCUGGGGACUUAGAGGUCUAAAUUUCAGGCAAAAAAAAGUAAAAAAGAAGACUUCUGUGUUUGCUGCCUGGUUCUUGGAGCUCUUGUGCCAGCUGUUCCAGACAGAAGCUGUCCAGUGGUCAUGGUCAGCAGUGAGCAGAGAGCAGCUCCCUGCAAUUCAGACACCUACGGUAAAGGAGGAACCUGAGCACCUCUGCAGAGCUGUGAAUCUCCUGAGGUAGAUAUUGAAGGCAGGUGGAAUGAGUCAUGUUCUGGAGAACCUCUCUGGAGACGGCAGAAGCUGUGACUGGGCUCAGGUUGGACACCUGGCCCUAGAAUACCCAGCUGAGAGGAAUUCCAUCCAGUGCUGAGCUGGGAACAGCAAAACGGCAGCCUGGACCCACAUCCAUCCUCAGGCUCAAACCUCUCCCAGCUCCAUCCAGAAAGAAGUAGAUUAAAAACCUAAGUCAGUGGUUUAGGUGUCAGGAGCUACUUGUGCCCCUCAGACCCUGCAGAAGCAGUCCCCUUUGCCUGCUCUGACCUCUCCUGACCUGAGUGGCUCUGUGUGUGGCUCUGAACACAUGGAAUUAAGGGGCCAGGGGAAUUAAUGGGCUGCAGCUAUUUUGAUACCUUUCAUCUGGCUCUAAGACUGCCAGGUGUAGCUGCUCUGCUGCCAGCAGCAGUGGUGUCCACUGUGCACUGCUCCCUCCUGGCUCCUGCUGUCUGUUGCAUCUCCUGGGCUGUGUUUCCCAGGUCUCCAGAUGUUCCCAGCCUAGAUGAACAUGUAGCACUGUGUCGUGUGGGGCAGGGGCACCCUGCCUGGGUUUGCAUGUUCCUCGUUCCUCCUGUGGCCUGGGCACUCAGCAGGCUGGCAGCUGUGUCUGAGACAGUUCUCCUGCACUGAGGUUUCUGUGGCAUGAGGGUUCUGGCUGGGCACAGAACCCUAAGAAAGGGUUCUUUGGGGAACGUUAGCAGGCAUGGGACAGGUUGUUUGAGCUGCCCUCAGUCUUGCACACUACAGACCCUACAGCCCCUGCUGAGCUCCAGAGAAGGGCCUCAGCAAGAGGUGGCCCUGCUGGAGGUCUUGGUGCCAGCAGACAGUGCUGGGGGCUCCUUUCCAGCUGCUGGGCGCAGUACUGCUCAGUGAUGUGAGUGUCUCUGCUUUCUCCCUGCCCUCCUCUGACUGAAGAGCUGUGCCUGGCCCAGGCGGGACAGAGCUGGCCUGGGAGGGAUCCUUUGUGGGGAGUGAAGUUCUUCUGCAUGUUUUGACCCCCUUUCCUAAAGAACAAAUUAAACCCCCUCUCAGCUGUUUGGAA